AUGGCUGACACAAUCAUACAUACCCCGAGAGACCCAAAUACAUUGUCAAACUACAACAAUUGGAGAACGACCCGAACAGCUGUUUCGAUUGACAUUCUUUUCGAUGAGCAAAUCCUAAAAGGGAAAGUGACCCACACACUAAAAUCGAUCACUAAUGCAGAAACAAAGGAGAUCCUGCUCGACAGCAGUCACGUUCAGGUCGACAACGUGGAAGUCAAUGGCAAGAAGCAUAAGUUCGAGCUUGGUCCUCGUCUUGAGCCGUACGGUAGUGCUCUGAAGAUAUAUCUCGACGACGGAGUUCCAAACGACACAGAGGUCGAUGUUUGUAUAGACUUCGCUACCACCGCGGCAUGUACAGCUCUCCAAUGGAUGACACCUGCUCAGACGUCCAACAAGCGCCAUCCGUACAUGUUCAGCCAAGCGCAGGCUAUCCACGCUCGUUCGAUAUUUCCAAAUAUUGAUACCCCGGACGUGAAAGCGCCAUUCGACUUUACCAUCCGCUCACCACUUCCCGUUGUUGCUUCUGGUAUUCCAGCAGAGUCAAAUCCGAAGCAGGCCUCAGCAGAUGGAGAGCUUGAGACGUAUCGUUUUACACAACCAGUACCGAUACCAUCCUAUCUCUUUGCAAUUGCAAGCGGUGAUAUCGCAUUCGCUCCCAUAGGUCCAAGAAGUACGGUCGCGACAGGCCCAGAUGAGCUUGCAGGCUGUAAGUGGGAGCUACAGAAUGACACCGAAAAGCAGCUGAAGGCCGCUGAAUCGCUUGUGUUUCCGUAUAAAUGGGGACAGUACAAUGUUUUGGUGCUACCCCCCUCGUUUCCUUAUGGCGGCAUGGAGAACCCCAUCUACACAUUUGCCACGCCUACGAUCAUAUCUGGCGACCGGCAAAACGUUGAUGUCGUUGCUCACGAACUGAGUCAUAGCUGGUCUGGCAAUUUGGUUUCAAAUGCUAGUUGGGAACACUUCUGGCUUAAUGAGGGGUGGACCACGUAUCUUGAGCGCCGCAUACAAGCGAUUAUCCACGGCGGUGACAAAUGGCGCGACUUCAGUGCCAUCAUCGGCUGGUCAGCGCUCACCGACUCAAUCAGAAACUUUGGUGAAACACACGAAUUCACGAAGCUCAUUGUCGACCUGAAAGGUAAAGACCCGGACGAUGCAUUCUCCAGUGUCCCAUACGAAAAGGGAUUUGUCUUCUUGUAUUACAUCGAGAAAUUGAUUGGGCAGGAUCAAUUCGACAAAUUUAUUCCUCACUAUUUCGAGACAUGGAGCAUGAAGUCUCUCGACAGCUACGAUUUCAAAACGACACUGCUAGAUUUCUUCCAGUACGAUAAAGCAACCUCGCAGAAGCUCGAGAACAUUGAUUGGGACACAUGGUUCUAUAAGCCGGGAUAUCCACCAAAGCCUGAUUAUGACACGUCCCUCGUGGAUGAGGUCUAUGCCCUAGCAGACCAAUGGCAGCGCUUUACGAAAGAUCAAAAUUCCGAUUUUACGCCCAAACCCUCUGACAUCCAGGGGUGGUCUGCUAAUCAACUUGUGGUCUUGCUGGAACGGAUGCUCCUGUUCCCGCAACCACUGCCUGUUGAACAUGCGAGAUACCUCGGGAGUACGUACUCGCUGCGGGAGAGUCAGAACGUGGAGGUCUCCUCAAGAUACUACCAAGUCGCACUCUUGAGUGGUGAUACUAGCAUCAAAGGUCAUGUUGUAGAUAUGCUUGGAAAGGUGGGAAGAAUGAAGUUUGUCAGACCAUUGUAUCGACAUCUGAUUAUCAUGGACGUCGAGCUAGCUACGGAGACGUUUGAGAAGAACAAGGAUUUCUACCAUCCUAUUUGCCGAGCAAUGGUUAAGAAAAUGUUGAUGGGAGACAAGUCAUGA